GCUCGUCGUCCUCGUCGUCGUUCCAGCUCGUGAUCGGUUUCGGGUGCGCGUGAAUAGUGACCCUCGCACAAAACGUGUUGAAAGUCGGUCCACACAAGUGCUACGUAACCGUUUGGUGCGUUGGAGAAGCGGUAACAGCAACGGCAUAAUCCGACCAGGAGUACGGUGACAUAUUCACGAAAACCCGUCAGUUUCCAAUUGCGCACCACAACGAUGGACAACGACACGACGGUCUACAGCAACUGUGCCAGCCCGGCCACCUACCAGCCGUACACCUGGACGCUCUCGGACAAGCUGCGUAAGACGGCCAAAUCGGAGCUGCGCGAGGACGAGCAUCUGCGUACGCAGGGGCUGGCCCAGAUGCGCGAGUUCAUCGCCAAGAGUCCGCACAUCAAGCGCUGCCGUACCGAUGCGCUGUUUCUGUUGCGCUUCCUGCGCACCAAGAAGUACUCGAUUCCGCAGGCCUGUGCCAUGCUGGAGAAGUAUCUGACGGUGCGCCAAACCAAUCCGGUCUGGUUCGAGCGGAUGGACGUGGACGAUCCGGAGAUUGCGGCCAUCAUCGAUGGUGGGUACAUUGUACCGCUGCCCGAGCGGGACGAUCAUGGCCGGCAGGUGGUACUGUCGGUGGCUGGCAAUUUGGAUCUGAGCCGCGUGUCUUCGGCACUGUUGGCGCGCGUUCACUUCCUCGUGCAGGAGGUGCUGGCGGACGACGAGCAGUCGCAGAUCUGCGGCUACGUGCAUUGCGUGGACGAGCGGGAGCUGUCGAUGAAGCUGAUGGGCAUGUGGUCGCUGGUGGACAUCAAGAAGGUGGCGGACUGCAUACAGAACGGUUUGCCGAACCGUAUCAAUGGAUUCAAUCUGAUUGGAAUGCCCUCGACGGCCGCCACGCUGCUCGAGUUUUGUGUCUCGCUGUUGAGCGAUAAGCUGCGCAAGCGAAUUAACCUGUUCCGCACCGUGGAGGACUUUGCCGGCAAGAUUAACCGCAAGAUUCUGCCGAAGGAGUACGGCGGUACCGUGCCGAUGGCGGACAUGAUCGCUCAGUUUAAGGAGCGUUGCCGCCGGAAGCGCGCCCAGCUGCUGGCGAUGGACGAGAUGUACAUCGAGCUGUCAAAGAUGCCGGGCCACUGUGCGGACUCGUGCCGUCGCGAUCUGGAGGCAGGCAUGAUCGGAAGCUUCCGCAAGCUGGAGGUUGAUUAAACGACCACCUAAACGUUAAGAUUGUUUGUAGGCUUAAGAAGAUUGUAUUAUAUUUCCAAUGCACCAAUCGGAUUGCUUGCUAGUAAGAUAAGAAACGAAACUAAACGCUCCUUCUAAACAUAUUAGACAGAACAGUGAAUAAUAGUCCUCAUGGAGGGGAGCUUACUUCAAUUAUGGGGAUGGGUAUACAUUAUGCUCUAUCAUAUCAUUGGCGCAUUAAUUGUUUGCUUCAGCGUUGAUUAUGCUUAACCUUCAUACCCACUACCGAGACCCUUUUGUAAGAUUUAGAAAUGGCCACUAGGAACCCGAACCCGUUUUUUUCGAAAAAAAAAACAAAACAAAAAAAGCGGUAACCUUGUUCAGGCUGCAAGGAGAGGACUUUGGAGCAGGCACUGCACACGCUCUACUUUCUACUCCCCAAACACCAAAACUGUGAUUUUGUUUUACUACUACUGCUACUACAGCUACUACUAUUUCUGUUGUGUGGCUUUUUUUCUUAUAAAUGAUCAUUUUCUUGUGCGUCGUAACACGGCCACGGUUGGCGUAAUGGCUGUCCUCUGCGAUCACAUUGUUUGGCAGCGCGGAGUGGAGCUUGGAAGCCGUGUGGUAAAAUUAACCACCACGCUACUCUUGUCUUUGAGCACAUAUCUUGGGACAAAACUCUUAAACCCUGGGAUCGCGUAGAAAAGGCGUAAGCUCCGACGCCGCGUAUACAGGGGGGAGUGUGAGAGCGAGCGAUUGCGCAACGUGCACAACAAUCCUAAUUGCUAUCAAAGCAACCCUGGAGGCAGCCGCAGGCGCGUGCAAGUGGACGCGAAGAUGAGGAUGUACACGGUACAGUAAAUCAUAAUCGAACCUACGAAUAAAAUGAAGGAAGAAAACAGAAACUAACCCACGCGAA